CUGGAAGCAGAAAAGGCAGAGUUGAAGAGCCAGAUAAACCAGUUUCAACAAAUGACCACCCAAGCAAACGUUCCAAAAUCAGACAAUGUGCCGAGUACAACAGAAAUAGCGCCAUCUACACCUCCUCCCACUUUGCCUCAAAUAAACAUAACGAAACCCCCUACUCCCUCGCAACCAACGAGACCCACUACUCCCUCGCAACCAACGAGACCCACUACUCCAUCACAACCAGCGAAACCCUCUACUCCAUCGCAACCAACGAAACCCUCUACACCCUCGCAACCAACGAAACCUUCUACUCCUUCGCAACCAACUCCUUCGCAACCAACGAAACCUUCUACUCCUUCGCAACCAACUCCUUCGCAACCAACUCCUUCGCAACCAACAUCAACGGCAUUAACGAUUAUUUCGCCUCCAAUAAACGUUCCUGUAAAUGUUACUGAGACUAAAGAAAUCUCUCAACCAUCUAAUAGCGCAGACGCUAACGAUGGAACUACGGCUGCAGCUACAUCACCAACUUCAAAACAAGUUGCUGUGUCUGUUCCUCCUACAACUGCAGUUACACCGAAUGUGCCGAAGGAGAAGCCACCAGUUAAAUUACAAAGAAAUCGUGUUCCACUAACUAUGCCUCAAUCACCGAAGAUAACUCCCGUUCAAGCC